AUGAGCAAUGGAGAUAAUCGCCCGGGCACGGCACCGAUCACGGCACGAUCGGUGUUAAUGGGCCACGGCCUCUUCCCAUUCGUGCCGGGAAUCUUCUUCUUCAUCAACUCGGGCACGAUGGCGUGCAUCAACCCGUUCCUUCCUCUCUUCUACGAAUCAAAGGGACUGGCCAAAUGGCAGAUCGGGAUGAUCGCUGGCUUCUUGCCGUUCCUCUCGUUCGUGGCUGGGCCGUGUUGGGGUUUGCUGGCAGAUCGAACGAGACGACACAAGGCCAUCAUCAACUGCCUCGCGCCGGCGUCGGUCUUCCUCAUCGUCUCGCUGUCCUUCAUCACCGAGUGGCUCUCAGGCGCGCCAAAUGGUGUCAUCUUCUUCGUAAUCUUAGCGAUUAUGUCGAUUAAUGUGAUGUGCACGUCGCCCAUCUCGCCCCUCAUCAACACGUGCGCCCUCUACUACCUCGGCCCUCACAACAAGCACGAAUUUGGACGCCACAGGCUGUGGGGUGCAGUGGCGUGGGGCAUCGUGGCGUUAAUCCUAGGCUACGUGCUGUCCCUCGAUGGCAACCCAUCUUCGUCCUCGAUGUGGACGUGGAACAUCUACGGCUACUUCCUGGGCAUGCUGUGCUUCGUGCUCGCCCUCUACUUCUCGGACGUGCCCAUCCCAGAGAAGAGCAAGAACAAGGAGCCCAUCGGCUCCACGCGCGGGCGGCAAGCACCGACCAACGAGGGACUGGAUGAAGAAGUGGUGCACGUCGUGGACCACCAGAAGGAGACCGACCUGCUGGAACUCGAGGCUGCUGAUGUCGAUGCCACUGGAGCGGUGGGCGACAAGGCUGCCGUAGCUACGGACAGGACUCUGCUGCAGGAGAUUCGCCUUUUGCUAUCUUCGCCCAAGGUCUGCGUCUACCUGUUCACCGUGUUCAUCAUGGGCAUGGGCGCAACGCUCAUCGGCAGCUUUCUCUUCCUGUUUCUGCAAGAUCUUGGUGGUGACCAGUUCCUCAUGGGUAUCACGCUGGCCUGUACUGUCUCGACCGAGAUCCCGUUCUUUUUCUUCGCCGGCCGUCUCAUCAAAGCUGUGGGCGUGCACGUUCUGAUCUUGACUGCCAUGGCUGCCUAUGUGGUCCGCUCCCUGGGCUACGCCAUGCUGACCUCAGCGUGGUGGGUGCUGCCCCUCGAGUUCCUGCACGGCUUGACUUUCGGUGCCAUGUGGGCCGCCGGCGUGCAACACACUUCCAACAUCGCCCCUCGCUCCCUCGAGGCCACUGCGCAGACCGUUUUCGCCGGCCUCUACAAUGGUGCCACGGUCGGCGGGUGGGUAUACCAGACCUACGGCCCGCGCGCGAUGUUCGGCGGCAUGGGCGUGGUCGUCUUUUGCACCAUGGUGCUCUUCUUCCUCAGCGACCGCGAGAGUGCCGGCCGUGAGCUGCGCGAGACGCUCGGCGGGUGGUGGCGCAACCGACAAGCGCGCCGGCGUACCACCGACGACACGCUCCAAGGCGAGAACAACACAAACACGGCUGACUACAGCCGGCUUGCGCUUCUCGAGGCGGACGAAGAGGACGCGUAG